AUGCGCCUCCUAUCGCUUUCUUCGACUCUCCUACUCGCUGCAAACGCAGCGGCGUAUGAUGCCCUCCUCCACUUCGGCCCAGCAGCUCAAGUUGAGACCCGCUCCGUCGACCAGAUUUACAAAGCUGCUCUCAAGGAAGGAGGUGUUGUGACAGCCUGGUUCGGCGGCGAUGAGAAGAACCAAAAUGACGCGGUCAAGAACGCCUUCGAAUCCACUUUCCCCGGCAUGAAGCUCAAUCAAACCGUCGACCUGUCCAAAUAUCUCGAUGGCAACAUCGACCAACAACUUGCCAACAACAACGUCUAUGUCGACACAAUCGCCAUGCAGACUACACAGGACUUUCCACGUUGGAAAGAAGAGGGCGCGCUGCUUUACUAUGCACCUGCUGGGUUCGACAAGAUCUAUUCUGGCCUUAAGGAUACAGAUGCUGCUUACUACGGGUACACUGGUAUUGCGUGGCAGCUUGUCUGGAACGCCGAUAAGUGGAAGGGCAAGAAGGCGCCGGCAGAGUACAGCGACUUCCUUGCGCCCGAGUACACAGGUAAGCUUGCUUUGACUUAUCCCAAUGACGACGACUCAAUCCUCUUCCUCUUCGAUAAAAUCCUCAACCAAUACGGCGAAUCUUGGUUCAACAAGCUCCUCCAGCAGAAGCCUCGCUGGGUUCGUGGAGCAGCCACUCCCCAGACGCUUGUUCGCAACCCCAAGACACCGUACGUCGCGACCUUCACCUCAGCCAUCGGCUUAUCAACUGGCGCCGGCUCUCUCAACGCUACCUUUCCCAAGAAGAGCAACUUCAUCUCAUGGGCACAGCACACCGCAAUCCUCAAGGACGCGCCGCACCCCGAGGGCGCUAAGUUGCUGCAGAACUUUCUGCUGAGCAAGGACUUUCAGAAGACGAGCGGGUUCUGGCCUGUCAGGAGUGAUGUCGCUCCGCCGGCCGGGUUUCCUGAUCUUGUUGAUCAGGCCCACACAGAUCCGCAUGACUUCAUGAGAUUUAUGGUUGACCGGGAGAGGGUUGAGAGGUUGAGAUUCUGGUUCGAGAAGAGACUUGGUACUGCCCAGGGUCUGAGCCCAUUGGAUGAUGAUUUGGACCCAAAUCAACAAGAGAUUGAUGCCCUGGAGCGAGGCGAGCAGCCAAUGGGAGAUGAAGUUGGGCCGGAUCAGAAAUCAGAGCAGCAGGUUGAUGAGAACUUGGUGACGUGGGAAACACCUAAAGAUUCGACAAAUCCAAAGAACUGGAGUAUCAAGAAGAAAUGGACUGCCCUUAUCUGUGUCUCGCUGUUCACGUUCAUCUCGCCUCUCACAUCCACCAUGGUCGCACCUGCACUCCCGUCGAUCGGCGAAUCUCUCCAUAUAACCUCGUCUCUCGAACUCGCCCUCACACUCUCCAUCUUCGUGGCCGCCUACGCAGUUGGUCCACUCUUCUGGGGCCCAAUUUCCGAGCUCCGAGGCCGAGUUAUCGUCCUCCAAGUCUCCAACCUGUGGUUCCUUUGCUUCAACCUCGGAUGCGCCCUAUCUCAUAACAAGAGCAGCAUGAUCGCUUUCCGCUUUUUGGCAGGCCUUGGGGGUUCUGCUCCGCUGGCUGUUGGGGGCGGGGUCAUCUCUGACAUGUUCCAACCGGAGGAGCGAGGAAGGGCUAUCUCUGUAUACUCUGUGGCCCCUCUGCUUGGACCGGCUUUUGGGCCUAUAGCUGGGGGUUGGGUUGCAGAGAGAACGACGUGGCGAUGGGUAUUCUACUCCACGACUAUCGCGUGUGGCUUCGUCCAAGUCGCCGCUCUGUUAUUCCUCAAAGAAACCUAUGCGCCAGUGAUACUUGGACGGAAGAAGCAGAGUUUGACCAAAGAGACAGGGAACACGAAGCUAUUCACAGAAUACGACAACCCAGAUAGAACCUUCGCAAGGACACUUGGGAUCGCCUUGACUCGUCCAUUUCGCCUUCUCUUCACCCAACCAAUUGUCAUGUUCCUUGCUGCCUAUAUGACAUACCUCUACGGAACUAUGUACCUUGUCUUGAGUACCUUCUCGGGUCUAUUCGCAAAGGUAUAUCACGAAACCCCGGGCUACCAAGGGCUGAACUAUAUCUCCCUCGCGCUAGGGCUCUUUAUCGGGACCCAGAUCUGCGCGCGCUCACAAGAUCGCAUCUACAGAGCCCUGAAGCGUCGACGCUGCAAGGAAGGGCAACUCGGGCGCCCCGAGUUCCGUGUCCCAAUGAUGAUACCCGGGGCGAUCCUGGUGCCCAUAGGCUUGCUGAUUUACGCCUGGACCGCAGAGAAGAGGACGCAUUGGAUAGGGCCCAACGUUGGUGCGUGCAUCUACACCAUGGGGCUUAUCAUGUGCUAUCAGUGUAUACAAGGGUACUUAGUUGACUCUUACGCGCGAUAUGCGGCUUCAGCGGUUGCAGCUGCGACAGUAACGAGGAGCUUGGCGGGCUUUGGGUUUCCGUUGUUUGCGGCGGACAUGUAUGAUGCUUUGGGGUAUGGAUGGGGAGGAACAUUGCUCGCUGGACUGGCGGUUGUGCUGGGGUGGCCAGCGCCUGUCCUGUUGUGGUUCUACGGGGAGAAGCUGAGGGCUAAGAGUAAGUUUGCACGGUAA